AUGAAGUCGCAAACAUUAAAUGAAAAACAGAAGGAAGCAUUUAAAGAACUUCUAGAUGAGGAAUUCAAUAAAGUGAAUAUCAUAGGUUUUAAUUCGGGAAAGUUUGAUUUAAAUUUAAUUCUUCGUGAUUUAAACACUGCAAAAUGGAAAAUAAAAUCAAUGCUGGGUUCAUCUUCACAAUUUAAGCAAAUCAUUGUAAAGAAAACAAACGUUCCAUAUGAAUUGAGAUUUAUUGACAUCAGAAAUUAUAUAGCAGGUGGGACAUUAGACCAAUUCACUCAAGAUUUCGGAAACAAUAAAUCGCGUGUUAAAUCUUUUUUCCCUUAUCAAUUCAUCACAUGGGAAAAUUACGAAGAAGAAUUAUAUAAAGAGGAACCAUUCACUCAAGAUUCAUUUUAUUCGGCAUUAACCCAAGAAACUAUAUCAGAUAGUGAUUAUCAAAUAUAUCUCAAUGAUGCUAAAAAUUUUAAGAAUAGAUUAGAAUAUUUUAUUAAUUAUUGCAAUAAAGAUGUUGAAAUUAUGAUUGACCCAAUUGAUAAAAUUAUUGAAGAAACAUUUGUUUAUAAAAUUGACACGCUUCAUAAUGUUUCUUUAUCAUCGAAUGCUUCAAUGAUUCGUUACGCUUUAGCAUAUAAAGACUUUAAUCCUAAUGAAAAAUAUCCUGAGGAAAAGAUAGAAUCAAGUUUUGAAUUAACGAAAAAGUAUUGGAAAUAUAAAAUUGAAUCAUAUAAGAAACAAGAUGAAAAAGCGGAAAGAGAUACUAAAAAUAAUGUUUCAAUGGAUGAUUUUCAAUACUAUCAUGAUUUAAUCCUUUCAUCUAAAUGCAAAAUGUGUGGUAAAGCGUUUACAUAUGCAAAUAAACCAACAUUGGAUAGAAUCGAUAAUGAAAAACCACAUACUAAAGGAAAUUGUCAGUUAAUGUGUUGUUAUUGCAAUGUCGUGAAAUCAAAUAAAGAUGAAAAUGUUCAACGUUUAAGAAUCAAUUUAAGAAAUUAUGCAUUAAAAAAUAAUUUACCAAUGACUUUAGAUUCAGUUGAAGCUUAUCACAUUCUCCGUAAUGGAAUUACUGGUGGUCUAUCAAAUGUUCAACAUAGAGUAAAUCUUAAAGGAAUCACGCACAUUAAUAAACUUUCAUAUAGUCCAGAAACUAAAACUGUAUCAAAUGAGGACACUUCCAACACCAUGACUCAUUUCGUUGGU